AUGGUAUUGGUCCAGUUCGGGUUUGAAGAGUCAGAGAGGAGAAGGAAGAUUGGAAUAGGAAAGAAGAGAAAUCACGUCAACGAAGGUGAAGGAAAACCCAAUCAUGAUGGGCUUUCUUCUGUGUUUGAGCAAAUCGAAAGAGUGGUCACUGUGUUACAUCAAGACAAGAAAUCCAUCUCUAUCAUUAUAGAUGAUAUAUCUUUUUUUGAAGUUGCUGCUAAUGGUUCUUCAGAUGAUGUUUUAAACUUGUUGCAUUAUUGUCAUACGUUAACAUCAGAAUAUGGUUGUGCAUUUAUUGCACUUGAUCAUAAAGAUAUUUAUUUCAAUGGAGACAGGACUGCUGUUAUCUUAGAAAUGGAGUACCUUGCUGACAUUUUGGUCAAGGCUGAACCAUUGGCCACUGGUUUAGCAAAAGAUGUGCAUGGUCAGUUGAUGGUGUUAAAUAAGGAAAUACAACAUCAGCAUGGAAUUUCAGCCAUUAAGAGUUACAAUUUUCACUUCAAGAUCAAGGAAAAUGGCAUCGAGUGCUUUUAUCCUGGUACAAAAAUCCAAUGAUGAUCAAUGAUGCUGAUACGGAGAAUACUUGCUCGAUUUUGUGAGAUGAUUGACACAUUUGGAGUUAUUUCAAUGAUUUUCUCACUUUACCGUGUUUUAUUUGAAUAAUGCAAGCCUAGGAGCAGUAAAUGUUAGCCAUAUACUCAAAAUUGAUGCAUAAGGUUAGAUUUAACUAAAAUAAUAUUAAUUAUUUACAUGGUUUUAAGGCGAACAUUAACUUCUGCUUU